CUCGCCAGCCGGUCUCUGUGAGUACGUGAGCGCUGCCCGCUGCGCUGGGAACACGCUUCCUACGCCCAAACAAAUCUCUGCCGUCAUGGAUUUCGACGAGUAUCGCAAAAGAGGCAAGGAGAUGGUGGACUACAUAGCGGACUACCUGGAGCACAUCCGCGAGCGGCGCGUCUACCCGGCCGUGCAGCCCGGUUACCUGCGAGAGUUGGUUCCGGAGCACGCGCCGCAGGAGCCCGAGCCUUGGGAGGACAUCAUGGCCGACGUGGAGCGCGUCGUCAUGCCGGGGAUGACGCACUGGCAGAGCCCGCACAUGCACGCCUACUUCCCGGCGCUCAACUCGUUCCCGUCGCUGCUGGGAGACAUGCUCGCAGACGCCAUCAACUGCAUCGGUUUCACUUGGGCGUCAAGCCCCGCGUGCACGGAGCUGGAGACGGUGGUGAUGAACUGGCUGGGCGAGAUGCUGGGACUGCCCGACGACUUCCUUCACACGCGCCCAGACAGCAAGGGUGGCGGCGUCAUACAGACGACGGCGAGUGAGGCGACGCUGGUGAGCCUGCUGGCGGGUCGCACCGAAGCCAUCCAAAGGGCGCAGCGCCGCUGCCCAGACCUGGAGGACGCAGAGGUCAACGCCCGCCUCGUCGCCUACUGCUCCGACCAGGCGCAUUCGUCUGUGGAGAAGGCGGGGCUCAUCGGUCUGGUCCAGAUGCGCUUCGUGCCGAGCGACAGCGAACUCAGCCUGCGCGGGGACCGCCUGCGCGAAGCCGUGCGCCGCGACCGCGCCAAGGGACUCAUUCCCUUCUACGUAUGUGCCACGCUCGGGACAACAGGAGCCUGUGCAUUUGACAACUUGGAGGAGCUAGGUCCCGUGUGCGAGGAGGAAGAACUGUGGCUGCACGUGGACGCGGCGUAUGCGGGUGCCGCCUUCGUCUGCCCGGAGUUCCGGGGCUGGCUGGCCGGCGUGCAGUACGCACAUUCCUUCGCCUUCAAUCCUUCCAAGUGGCUCAUGGUCCACUUCGAUUGCACCGCCAUGUGGGUGAAAGACGCUGGCUCCCUCCACCGCACUUUCAACGUGGAUCCGCUCUACCUGCAACACGAAAAUUCCGGUCUGGCAAUUGAUUACAUGCACUGGCAAAUUCCUUUAAGUAAGAGAUUUCGAGCCCUGAAGCUGUGGUUCGUAAUCAGGAGUUACGGAGUGAAAGGUCUUCAGCGUCACAUUAGAGAGGGGGUGCGGCUGGCGCAGCAGCUGGAGGCGAUGGUGGCGGCGGACCCGCGCUUCGAGGUGGCGGCCAAGCGCCAUCUGGGGCUGGUCGUGCUGCGCCUGCGCGGCGACAACGCGCUCACCGAGCGCCUGCUGAAGCGGCUGAACGCGCGCGGCCGCGUGCACUGCGUGCCCGCCGCGCUCAACGGCCGCUACGUCAUCCGCUUCACCGUGACGUCGGCGCGCACCACCCCAGACGACAUCGCGCGCGAUUGGGCCGAGAUCCGCGCCACCGCCGACACCGUGCUGCAGCCCGAUCGGCCGCGCGCCAAGGUGCCGCUCGCAGAGACGCGUGCACGCAACGAGCUGUUCGGUUCCAGCCUGCUCCUCGCCAACUCGCCAAUGUCGCCCAAGAUUGUCAACGGGAGCUUCGCUGCCAUCUUCGACAACGGCGACCAGGAGCUGUCUCAGCUGCGGCUCCAGGUGAAGGACAGCCCAGCUGUGCGGCGCCGCAUCCGGGGCAUGAUGGUGUCGGGUAAGCAGCUGUCGCUGGACUCGAGCCUCGACAUGGCGCACUCGCUGGCGGGCCGCGGCGGCAUGCGGCCGCACUCGGAGCCCUCUGCCGGAGACCACCUGCCGGAGGAGGACGACUCAGAUGAAGUGAAUGAUAUGCCCAAAUUAUGUGCAAAGUGUGGGCAUAUAAUCAAGGAAUGAUGAUGAUAUUCUGUGAUGGAACAUCUCAGCCUAGAUUAAAUACAUAAAAUUUCAUAAGUCUAUUUCAAUAAUGAAUAAAAGUAUAUCACUUUUGUAUCAUGCAUACAGCCUUUAUGAAGCUUUCUUUCUUGUGAGAUAUUUACUGAAACUACUAUGUUAGAGCUAAGUGAAGUAUUCAACUUGUAUAUUAUCAGAAGGGAAUGCCUAUUGAUUUUCUUCAUGCAUAAGGCUUGUAAGGACUGGUAAACAGGUUUUUGUGACUUCCAAUUAGUAACAUAUUCAUCAGCAAGUUUUUCCAAUGUCUGUAAUCAGUAUGUGUCUGUAACAUCUUAACAUUUAACUUAACAUCAUAUUUUUAAGUGCUUAUAUAGUCAGGGAAUGCAUAAAUAAGUGCACUAAUAUUGGGCCUAGAAUUCAGGUUAACAAUGUUUUAUCAUGCAAAUCAGGAAAUGAGAUGUAAAUAUGAAUCAAACAUUAAUAGAAUAUUAACACUGUUGCAAUCAAUUAAAAAUGGAGUAGUUUUGUUUCCUCUGGAAGACUUUAAUUUUUUAUUAUGAGAAGAUAGGAAUGGAAUUCUUCAAAAAAUGUUAGAAAAAUGUAGACAAUUGAAAGAAUGAUUACUGUUUUUAUAACCUAUAUCAAAGUAGCUUCUCAAUAUGGAAACAAAAUUAUCACGCACAAAGGAAACUAUGAAUUCUCAGUUUCUGAUAAGAUACGAAGACUCCUUUGAAUAAAAAUUUAGUUGCCACAACAUUUUCAUUAACAUAAAGCCAAAUACUAAUAUCUGACAGUAUUUUAUAUAGAAUUCAUUAUAUUAGGAGUACUUUAUGGCAUAUUCCGAUCUUGCUCCUAUAUGCUGUCAAUGUUUUACUAGAGUGGAUGAUUUUACUAUAAUUAUCAAUGCAAUAAGUAGUCAUAUUCGAAUAAAAUGUUAAGUUGUCAUUGUGAAAACAUCUUUUUAAGUAAUAAUUACUAUAGAUGAGUCCAAUUCCAAGAAACUGCAUCAAUGUAAUGUUGCUCAUCAGCAAAAAAAGAAACGUGUUUUAUCAUUUUAGUCACAAAUAUUUGGAGGGGAAUAAGAACAUUUUGUGGAUCAGAACAGCAGUUUACAUAUCAGACAGACAUUAACAGCUAACUGUUGUCAAUCAUCUGUUGAUAUGUGCUUCAGAUUGCUAAUAGUAAUUAUUGACAAUGUUUUAGGUUAUAUAAUUGUCCCUUAAAUGAAGCAGCCAUCUCAAAAUAAAAAUAAAAACAUUUUCUAAAAAUGGCAAUAGUGGAACUGUUGGGUCUGCUUAUGUGACAGGUAUAGGAUGAAGAGCAUUAUGAAAAGUUAGCACUGAAUAUGAGGUAUAUUUUAAAUUUUGAAACAUUAUUUAAAUGUAUGUGUUUGUGAGAGAACUGCAUCUGACUAGUCUUGUUGAUCACAUUUAUUUGCUUCUACUACCAAUGAAUUAAAUUACUUUCAUGUACCAUUAAAUAAUAAAACUGAAAUCACUUAAUGUUAUAUGAUGUCUCAGAUUCAAAAAUCAGAAGUUAUAGUAAUAUAUUCAUUGUUAUGUAACUUGGCCUAUAGAUUUUGAUGUGGGUUGUCCUAGAUAUGGGCUCUCGUGCACAAAAACCUGAUGCCAGGACCAAAUUCAGUUUAAUUACAGUAGUGUUAUUUUCAAAAGAAAUAAAAAAAGAAAAGAUGUAGAGAACUGAAUUAGUUAUUUUGGAAUAAAUCUAGUUCAUAUACAGUUGUACCAUAUGUAAUAUGCUGUUAGUGUUUAACUGAAAUUGUUCUUGAAAGCACAUUCAAUGGUACAAAUAAGGUAAUAGUUUAGGUUAAAUAUUUCAUGUUACAAGCCCAAGAUUAGGCCAACAUGUUUCCCUUCUCUGUUACCUUUAAAAAAUAAAAAACUGUUAACAUAUUAAUCCUAGUAGCAGUUGGUACCUAUAUAUGUCAUGCAUCAUAGUAAUUCCUUGAAAUAUAAGGAGCAGAAUAUACUCCACAUUUUCAAGAUAUCAGUAAAAUUCUAGACAUUGCAAAACUGAUAUAAAACCUAAUUUUUAAAGGUCAUAACAGAUGUAAAUUUUUCGAGACUAAAUAUCUCUUGAAUUUGCUUGUGUAUGACUAACAGAAAGAUUCAUCUUAAUUCACAUCUACAGAUAUUACUAUUGUUUACAAUAUUGUUCAUAAUAAGAUGCUAUAAUUAGUUACCAAAAUUGUUAAUGAAAGAAAAGUUCCUUGCUACAAAUAAAAUUACAUAUGUAUUCUACAGAUAGGAUAUUCAUAAUUGUAUUUACCUGCAACAUAA